AUGACGGACAUGAUCACGGCGACAGCAUGGGUCCCUCGUGGCCAUGCUGCAGCUUUUCCUACCAAAUACCAAAUGGACGACGGCGAAUAUGCCAGGAUAGCAAAGCUCGCUAAGAUGGAACUCGACGAUGCGAAGGACGAUCUGGAACAAGCGCGCGAAGCUUUGAACAAGAGCGAGCGUGGAGAGAAGGAAGAGACAGAAGGUGGCGCUGAGCGCGAGGAAGCCGACGACAGCGACGAAGACGAUAUCGCCAAAGAUGAUGAUUUGAAGGAGUACGAUAUGGAACACUACGACGAUGAGCCGGAUUCGCCAGAUGACGAUGAAGAGGACGAGGGAAAUGGCGGAAUCUUCAACAAUAUAAAAUCGCUUGCGUAUCACACUGACAAUAAGGACGAUCCGUACCUGACGUUACCAGAGAAUGGGGAGGCAUCGGACGAUGAGGACAGAGAAGAACUGCAGAUCCUACCCACAGACAGUGUGGUGCUAGCUGCGAGGAUAGAAGACGAAGUUGCGCACUUGGAAGUGUACGUUUAUGAGGAUUCAGCGGAUAACCUGUACGUUCACCACGACGUGAUGCUACCAGCGGUACCGUUAUGCGUGGAGUGGAUCGGCACGAAGCCAGGACAACAGACUGAGGAAGGAGGAAGCUAUGCGGCAGUCGGAACCAUGGAUCCAGAUAUCGAACUGUGGGACUUGGAUAUCGUGGACUGCAUGUAUCCCAACGCAGUUCUGGGCCAGAGCUCCCAAGCAGGGCCCGAAGCGCCUGAACCUGUUACGAAGAAGAAGAAAAAGAAGAGCAAGAAGGCAAAUGAUGCGUACCAUGUCGACUCCGUACUUUCUCUGGCCGCGAACCGACAACACCGUAACUUGCUAGCAAGUGCAUCUGCAGACAAAACGAUCAAGCUCUGGGACUUGAACACCUGCACAGCAGCACACUCCUACGCACACCACACGGACAAAGUCUGCGCUCUCUCAUGGCACCCAGUUCAGACAUCUGUUCUCCUCUCGGGAAGUUACGACCGGACAAUAGUUGCAGCAGACAUGCGAGCACCAGACUCCAAGACAACGCGAUGGGGCGUAGAAAGCGACGUCGAGCAGCUACGCUGGGAUCCUCACGACGAAAAUAAAUUCUACGUCAGCACUGAAAAUGGUGUCCUUCACUGCUUCGAUGCGCGAACGCUGCCAUCGACGCCGGAGCAGAGCAAAGCCGUCUGGCGCUUACAGGCACACGAUCAAAGCCUCUCGUGCUUUUCGAUCAAUCCUGCCGUUCCGGGCUUCAUCGCAACAGGCUCAACAGACCGAACUGUCAAGCUAUGGAACGUGACCGAGGCCGGGCCCAGCAUGGUAGUCUCUCGCGACGUGGGAGUUGGCAAGGUCUUCUCCGCCAACUUCGCGCCAGACGACGAGAUUGCUUUCAGACUGGGAGUGGCAGGUAGCAAGGGCGCAGUGCAAAUCUGGGACACCAGCACGAACAAAGCAGUUCGUGAAGCGUUCGCGACAAGAGUGAAGAUGCCAGUUCCAGCUGAUGGAGAAGUCAAGGAGCGACUAGUCGGCAUCGCACAAGACGAUGAAAUCGAAGAGGAGGAAGCCGAAGCGGAAGAGAAUGGCGGUGAAGGUGGGUGGGAGAGUAUGGACGAAGAUUAG